CAGUGCCUCUCUCCUUUCCCAGCCAUGGUGAAGGAAGGAGAGCACGGUUCAUUUAACGGAAAGGACUACGUGGAUCCCCCGGCGGCGCCACUGAUCGAUGCGGCAGAGCUUACGAAAUGGUCAUUCUACAGGGCUUUGAUAGCCGAGUUCAUUGCAACUCUGCUCUUCCUUUACAUCACCGUCUCCACCGUAAUCGGAUACAAACGCCAGGCUGAAUCCUCCACCGAUCCGUGUGCCGGUGUCGGUAUUCUCGGCAUCGCCUGGGCCUUCGGUGGCAUGAUCUUCGUCCUCGUUUACUGCACUGCUGGUAUUUCCGGGGGUCAUAUUAACCCAGCAGUGACGUUUGGUCUGCUGUUGGCUCGGAAGGUGUCGUUGAUCCGAGCCAUUGCGUACACGGUGGCUCAGUGUUUGGGAGCCAUAUGUGGGGUAGGGCUGGUUAAGGCAUUCCAGAAAUCAUACUACAACGGGAAUGGAGGUGGAGCCAAUGGUCUUGCAGAAGGGUACAGCACUGGAACUGGUUUGGGUGCAGAAAUUAUCGGAACCUUUGUUUUGGUUUACACUGUUUUCUCUGCUACUGAUCCUAAGAGGAGUGCUAGAGACUCCCAUGUCCCAGUAUUGGCUCCACUUCCAAUUGGGUUUGCUGUAUUUAUAGUUCACUUGGCCACCAUCCCAAUCACCGGCACCGGCAUCAACCCUGCUAGGAGCAUCGGAGCUGCUGUUAUUUACAACAAGGCUUGGGAUCACCAUUGGAUAUUUUGGGUUGGUCCCAUGCUGGGAGCAGCCAUUGCAGCAUUUUACCACCAAUUCAUCUUGAGAGCAGGAGCUGCUAAGGCUCUUGGUUCAUUCAGGAGCCAAACCCAAGUUGUUUAGGAACACUUUCCUUGGGAUUUACCUCUUAGAUUCUACUGAUUUAUGCUUUCAAUCAAAGUAUUGGACAUUGUUACCUUUAUUUUAGCAAUU